GUUUAAGUCAUUAACCAACAUUAUCAACAUUUGACCUUGACACAUAAAGAAGCCUGAGCUUUCCUGGUGCGAUUUGUUCAAAGGGUGUAUUCUGAAUCAAUUAUUAUUUUGUUAUUCCCUGUAUUUUCACCCGAGUAACACCUUUCCAUUCAUUCGCGGUGGUGUACGAAGAGUUGCUUGACAUAACGCGUUUUUGGUAUCUGCAUAACCGGUAACGAUAAAUUUUUGAACGUCAUUUAUGGAUCCCAGUUCCUGUCAUUUGCUAAUUAAGCGUCUGUCAUGUUUUACUUGACCUAUUAUGUCUUACCUCUUCUAAUGAAUUAUCUUAGUAUAAAUAUAGUUUAUAAUAGCUGGUGGCUACGGUUUAAAAUUGAGACCAAAUUAAAAAGAAUUACAGUUCGUCCUCCUGGUUGUUAGAUUUCUCAUUUCUAUCGAUGGGGUACUGAGGUGCUGUGGUUUAUUUAGUGUUUGCAAUCAUAUUUAUCCAAAGCAACUACUAUGUGUAUGCAUUUAUACAGCUGGAUAUUUCCUGGAACAAGCCAGCUGAACGACCUUUCCUUCCUUAUGGGUACCACAGCAGUACAACACCUGGGAUUUGAACCUACAACCUGUUUCAAGCUUCGAACCCUGACCACCACACUUCACUGCUACCCAAGGGCUAUUAGGUGUGCUGUACACUGAAGGUGAAAGAGUUAAGAUAAUACCAGCCCAUGGCCUACUGCCAGUGUGCUUAUGUAUAGUUCUAAGUGAAACAAGCAUCUUGCAGGCCUUUGCUUAGUAUGAUACCAGAUGACCUCCCUUCAUUGCAAGUUUUCUCUUUUCUUUUGUUUUGUUGCCAAGCCAAAAAAACAGGGAUGGAUGACAAAAAAACAAGUAAGAAGUCAGGUAGACCAACUGGUGAGUUGUACCAAUAAGUGGGUGUCGUUGUACACAGUCCAGUUUCAGCCCCAAGGUUUGGCCCAUCGAUGGCCAGUCUAAAAAGCCACCUUACGUGCAACUCUUCUGUGCCAGCUUCCUUGGAAAGUCGGGCAUCUUCUCAGAGUCCAGUGACGCAGGUUCUGACUUGACUCCUGAUCGCGUGAUAUCCUUUUAGAUUUUACUGGAGCAACUGUAGGCUGCAGAGGUGCUUUGAUUAGGGCAGAGGGCUACAGUAGUUGCUUUGCUGGGUGCUGUGUUCUGUCCUGCUUCUGAUGAGCACCCUGGGCUUGUUCUUGAGCCACGGUGCUCGGUGUGGCUGUACGUAGGCGUAGGUGAAGUCGCUGUGUGACGGCGGCCCAUGACAUCGUCCUGCUGGAUUAACCCCGUAUUCCCCCCCGGGAAGGGGACGGGCUCUGCUCACAAGCUGGGGGAGGGGAAACGGGAACUCAAGCAGCUUAUGGGCCUCUUUUCGGCCGGGGAGCUCCUCAGUUCAAGGGCCUGAUCUUCCACGGAGGGCAAACAGCCAGUCUGUUGCAUUUACUACUAUAUGUUACAGGCAGGCAGUUUGUGCAGGAUUCUAAAGGCCCAUCUUAAGACCGUCUUCUUGUUUGGCUUAGGAAACCAGUCAUGUCAUGUCAUGGGCUUCCCAUGCACUGUGUGUAUCAGUAGUGAGAAGGUUGUUUUGGUGAGGUGGGGUGAAACCAGGCUGUACUUCCUAAGAGUCUUUCAGGGAGGCUGCAGAAUCCACCCUGAGUGGCUGAAUGCCCCCUGUCCCACAGCUGGGUAUUUCUGUUUCCUAACUAUAAACACUCUACAGCAUAACAAAGCGAUCGGGUGGCACAGGAUCUUAAUGCUAAAGUAAUCGGGACACCUGGAGGCAGCAUUCGAAGUCUUCUGUGGUAGUGUGCAGCAGAUGAGAGUUGCUGUCAGUAAGCCAUUUGCAUUGCAGUGAUGCUUGCAAACAAGUGUGCAAGGAGAUGACCUGUGCCUGCUGAAUUGGUUUAACAGAUUUUUUUGCAUAGUGGGUGUUAAAAAACAGUCUAAAAGAAAAUCAUGUGCUUGAUAUACCGUUAAUUAUGCCGAAUACUUCAAUAAUUACUGUACUUGAGCAUUUGAUUAAGCAAAACUAAAACACAGCCUCUUCACUGCUGGGGGAAACCAGACCAAGUUUUACAAGAUCAUGGUUCUUCUUUAUUUCAUUUUACUUUUCCUGCCCUCCAUUCACAUUGGCACAUCGCCUUAUCCUCCUUCCACUCAAGGAGAAGUCGAGAAGACGAAGGACAUUCCCAAAGCUCCGGAGCUGGAGAAGAAGAGACCUGCAAAAGGGAAGGGGAAAGGCAUGGUGAAGGACGCCCCAAAGGGUCCUGAGGUGUGCAAGGACCCAGUGAAGCUGACCUCUCAUGCUAUGGGAGUGAACAUCUACAAGCAGGGCCAGGACACCCCACUGCAGCCACCCCACCAAUACCCUGACUGGCUGUUCCAGAUCGACCUGGGACCCCCUAAAAAGCUUCAAGACCUGGAUCCUGAGAGCAGGGAAUACUGGAAACUGCUGAGGAAGGAGAACAUGUGGCGCUUCAACCGACUCCACAAGGGCAAGAAGCUGUAGGGCAGCGCUGCGGACAGGCCCAAAUCCUCAGGGACUUGCAUGGCCCUCCACACCCCCUCCCCGCCCUCACAGAGCAGCACAUGCGGACACGCCCCCUUUCAGACCUGAGCAAACGAGCCCCGACCAGGCGCGAUGAACGCUGCGGAACUCUCUUGGUUCGGCGGUCUCCUCAUUCGGACUUUCUCCCUGGCAUCUUGCUCCUCCUGAGUCCCCUCGCUGAGUUGCUGCGGUCCAGCGUGCAGGCAGGGAGGGCUGAAGAGCAGUGCGUGUUCUCCCCCCUGAGCCACGUGACUUUUGCAAAAACAAUCAGCAGAUCACAGCCAGUCCUGAAACCCUGAUGAUUCACCACCCCAGGAUGCAGAUCUGACUGUAUAAUAAUAUAGACUAUAAUGUUUGCAAAAGAGAGGACAGUGAAAUCAUCUAGAUACACACCCUCUGUAAAGUGCACAGGCAGCACCAGUGAGAUGCCUGUGCUGUAUGUACUUGCUGGGUUUUGUGCGUUUAUAAUGAGGAGAUCAGUGUGGAAUCUUUCUCCCCUGUUCCAAAGGUGCGGUUUUUGCUGGGAGCUGUGCAGCACACAGAAGAGAGUGUUAAAGGAAAAGGACCUUGGUAAUGAGAGCUGGCUGAUGGCCGAGAUAGGAGGCUUACAGUGUGAAAUGAGAACAUGCAACAGCUUGUGCAUUUUAUAGAAAUGUGUUGGGCGGGGGAAGCGUGUAAUAUGAAAUAAAUAAUUUUGUUAAAGGGCA